UCCCCUCUCCCACCUCUUCCUCCACUUUCCUCCACCUCCGGACAACCCACAAUCCUCCCACCACCGUCUUUGUUACCUCCUCCCCUCUCCUCCGCCCCUCUUCCGCCACCCUUCUACGCUUCUUCAUUUUGCGGGAUGACCGUUUUGUCAAGAUCAGGGUUGCUUCAAAUCACAGGGACUUGGAGUUUGACCCAGCCAAGUUUGGGAUGGUAUUUAAAGUCAAUCAUGGGGUCUCGGUGAAGUUAUCGGGGGGGAUUAAUGUGUUUUCGUUGUACUCGGUUUCGAAUUCUAAGAUUUGGGUGUUUGCUCUCAGAUUGAUUGGGGAUGAGGGGGGUGGAGAAGCUUUGAAGCUCAUGAAGUGUGCGGUGAUUGAUUGUUGUUUGCCGGUGUUUAGCAUUAGGGUUUUGUUUGGAUUUUUGAUUCUUGGGGAGGAGAAUGGGGUUAGGGUUUUCCCGCUGCAGCCGCUGGUUAAAGGAAAUCAUAGAAAGGAGAAGAAGAAUAGUGGUAAAAGAUACAAUUCCAAAAAUGGCCUUACUAAUGGAGUUGAUGCUGCGAAGGGUAAUGGAGGUAGAACCGUAGGCACAGAUGGGGAUCUGAAUCUGUUGCCAGCUAAGGGUGAAAAGACAGAAAAGUUUUCUGAUUCUGUGAAGUUGAGGUCUGUGAUAUUUAGACAAGAUUCGAGAGAUCAAGGUGCAUUUUUUAUGAAGUUUGAGGAUAAGGAUGAGGGAAGUUCCAUAUCAAUGAAUAUGACAGGGAGAUCAAUCAAGGCAAUUUCUAUCCAGGCAUUAUCUGCUAACUACUUUGUGGUCUUAGAUUCUGUUGGAGAUGUGCAUCUUUUAUGCUUUUCUUAUUCUGUCCAAGGAUUCGAUAAGCCUUGCCUCAUGAAGAGGUUAAGUCAAACCAUGAAAGUUCUGAAGCUGGCAGUUUUUCAUGAUGUUUCUACAGCGACACAAACUAUUUGGAUGUCAGAUGGAAGUCACACUGUGCACCUUAUGACGGUAUCUAACAUGGAUACUUCCUUUGAUAAAACUGAAAAGAAAGAUACCAAGGAAAAGCUCAUACAAACUUCAGUUACACGGGCAAUUUUUACCAGUGAGAAGAUCCAAGAUAUUACGCCUUUGUCUGCUAAUGCUAUACUGAUUCUUGGACAAGGGAAUAUGUUUGCCUAUGCAAUUUCUUAAUCUUGCAUGAUGUUUCUCUUCUGAAAAUGGCCAUAUUUUGUUCUGGAACUGGAUAAACCUUCUGCCACUUAAAUUGGUUCAUGCACGAAACUUUUAUUGGAGAAGUAAGUUUUCUUUCUGUCCAAUUUGUUCUUUACAUUCAGAAAAAUGCUAAUCCUUCUAGUUUAGCGUGUACUUCAUGUUUCUGGACUUUUAGUUUUCCACUUCAUAGUAUGUUAAUAUCUUUUUGGUUAUUGGAGUAUUCUAGUCUUCCAUUGCAGGUAUCUAAUCAUCCUAUCAGUCAAAGAACACUGGGCUUUCGAUUCUUCUAAAUGCAUGAUUACUCUUGUUGGACACUUGACACUUGGACAAGGGUACG